UCGAUUCCUCCAGCAGGAACAGAUCUGCCCCAUCAGAGUUCGCUCAUCCAGCAGCACAGAGAUGUUGGCCCUCGUCCACCGGCUCCUGGACUGGUUCAGGUCGCUCUUCUGGAAAGAGGAGAUGGAGCUAACGCUGGUGGGACUGCAGUACUCUGGAAAAACCACCUUUGUCAACGUGAUUGCUUCUGGUCAGUUCAAUGAAGACAUGAUCCCUACAGUCGGCUUCAACAUGAGGAAAGUCACCAAAGGCAACGUAACAAUAAAAAUUUGGGAUAUAGGCGGGCAGCCACGGUUCAGGAGCAUGUGGGAGCGAUACUGUCGGGGCGUCAAUGCCAUCGUGUAUAUGGUUGACGCUGCAGACCGUGAAAAGGUCGAAGCCUCGAGAAACGAGCUACACAACUUGUUAGACAAACCACAGCUGCAAGGCAUUCCUGUACUUGUCCUUGGCAACAAAAGAGACCUCCCCAGCGCACUAGACGAGAAACAAAUAAUCGAAAAGAUGAACCUGUCUGCCAUUCAAGACAGAGAGAUCUGCUGCUACUCCAUUUCAUGCAAAGAGAAAGACAAUAUAGAUAUCACCCUGCAGUGGUUGAUCCAGCAUUCAAAAUCUCGGAGAAGUUGAAAGCAGACCCCGUCCUGCCCUUGUUCCAGCUCCCAGCUCAGCCCAGCGCUCUUCAAACCGGCCGGCCCUUCCUGUGAGCAGUGACGCAGUCCCUCCCAGCCGCAUCUGUCUGUCCAGUAGCUGCCACAGUAAACUGUCAGUAAAGCAUCUUCACCGGUGGGCCUCAGACUCCACUCAACACAUGGUUGCUAUCAGUUAGUCAGUUUUGUUGGCUGAAUGGAUUUUUAAAAUUUUUAUUUUAAGCUAAACCUCUAAUGGUAAACCUUGAUAUGGUUUAAAUCAGUUUCGGAGUUUGCCUUCUUAUCCUGUGAAAUAAGUUUGUGGUAUUGUUUGGGGUUUUCUUUUGUUCUGCUUAGUUUAUUG